AUGGCGCCCUUUCACCACAAGGGAAUCCGCUACCUCACCUAUCUAGACUACUGGACGUUACUUACAACACACGUAAUUGACAAUCAGUCUCUAGGGCUGGAAGGCUCGCUGCACAUACCCCUACCGGAGAACCAUGAUCUGGAGAAGAGACGGCCAGCGCCAGGAUUACCGACAACCUUCAGCUAG